GCAUCACGAUACACAUUGCACAACCAGCAUGGCGGAAAAAGAAGAAAUUUCAUGUGCUGAGACUUUGAAGAGGUUUGCUCAGCGGGUUACGACAUCAAGCACGAAAGAACGAAUCGGUCUGCUUCAAAACGUGACAGUAUGUGUUGGCAAACCCGAUUUCCCAGAAAAUGCUGUCAAAGGAGUCUUCAAGUUCCUUUCUCUUGCCAUCAGUCGCUAUGAGGACAACAGGUCCAGACAAGCGGUUAGAAACCUAGUACGGGAACUAGCUAAAGUACAUCCUGUAGCCACCCUUAAGAAUGUUACAUCAGCUCUCAAUUCAGAAUCUGAGGCACAGAAAAAAAGAGUGCAUGCAAGUCGGAGUUCCUCAGGUGAUGCUUUGUUUGCCCUAACCUGGACAUGCAUUGUAUUGCAAGAAGUUUGGACGGCAGAUGUCACAUGUGACAAAAAUGACCUGAAAAGCUUAGUCAGUGUCCAGUGCGGACUGAUAUAUGGUGCCCUGGCUGCAGGAUGGAAAUCAGUUUCUGAUUCAACGUUCAGGAAAAUGUCCAGACUGUUCUCAUUGAAUAAGGAGAAAACAGCUAUGUAUGCAGAACUUCUUCAAGAGUUAGAGCCAUCGAUGUACAACUUAAGUGCUGUGUCCAUGCUACUGAAACAUCUAGCCAAAACCAAAGAACAAGAUUUACUCUCCAAAUUAAAGGGUCCUUUUGUGGAGAUGUAUGUAAAACAGAUUCUUGGUAGUCGUAAUAAACCACCCAAGAUGUUACUGGAGAGUUGUAAUGAGCUGCUGCGACACCUGAAUCAUGCCGAGUUCAAAGAAACCGUACUCCCAGCAUUGCAGAAAGCCAUGCUAAGAAGUCCAGAAAUCAUCUUGGAGGCUGUUGCAAGUCUCUUGCUUGGGGUAACCAUUGAUCUCGGACAGUAUGUACAGGAUUUGUCUAAGCCCCUUGGAAGUAAGUGA